AUGGCAGCGUCAAAGCACUUGCUUAUCUGGACUGUCUUGACUGCUAUGCAAUGCUGUUCCACGGACGUGGCUGAACAACAGUGGCUAAACAUUCAAAGGGACAUAGCCGAUGUGUCUGAUGCGUUGCUAAAAAAGGUGUGGCCAAUAGCCUCUGAAUUUGUUGGUGAUGGCAACGUCAGCGUGUCAUGUACGUCCGCCUUGUUCAAGAUGUUCUCUUCAUUGAAACGGCAACAGCCAUGGGUCCUCAAGAUGCUCCUCGCCAAUGGCUUCAUGCCUAGCAACAUAUUGGAAGGUGGUGUAGUGAGCCUCGGAGGUUACGAACAAUGUCUACACACUGUGAGCCGCAACGCCAAUGGUGACGUCUACAUAAAAGGCCAGUAUUGCUCCCUUUUUCUGCAGCCACCUCGUCAUGUAGUAGAAGAUCUUGUUCGUCGUUUUAACCAGGAAGGAGACAUGCAGAUAUAG